AUUAGGAAAAAAAAUUGUUUUGACUACAAUCAUUGAUGAAAUAGUGAGUCAUUUACGACAAUAAAAUCUGCGUUUUUCAUAAUUCAUUGAAAUCAAGUUGUUGUACAAAAGCUUUUCUGUGAUUAUAAAAGGCAAUUUGCCUGUGUUUCUUUUUGUAAAAAGUUUUUAUAAAGCCGUCAAACUGGGGAACGAAAUGUCUUCAUCCGCAAUGGAAAAAAACCUAUUUAAUUUAAAAUUUGCUGUGAAAGAGCUGGAACGAAAUUCUAAAAAAUGUGAAAAAGAAGAGAAAUUGGAAAAGGAGAAAGCCAAGAAGGCAAUACAGAAGAAUAACAUGGAGGGCGCAAGGAUACACGCCGAGAACGCAAUCAGACAGAAGAACCAAGCGUUAAAUUAUUUACGGAUGUCAGCUAGAGUAGAUGCAGUGUCCAGUAGAGUGCAGACUGCUCUUACUACAAAAAAGGUCACAAAUUCCAUGGCUGGUGUGGUCAAAGCUAUGGAUGCAGCAAUGAAGUCUAUGAACUUAGAAAAAAUUUCAAAUCUCAUGGACAAGUUUGAAAGCCAAUUUGAGGAUUUGGAUGUCCAGUCCUCGUACAUGGAGAAUGCAAUGUCACAAACUACCACCACCACCGUUCCACAAGGAGACGUCGACACCUUGCUGCAGCAAGUGGCUGAUGAGGCUGGCUUGGAGUUGAACAUGGAGUUACCAUCCGGAGUGCCCAGUACAUCCGUGGGAGCAUCCACGGUGGUGUCGCAGGAACAGGACGAGCUUACGCAGCGACUGGCGCGGCUGCGACAGGCCGAGUAACGCUAAACAAUAUAAUUCCAGCUGUACAGAGAUAAUAUAAAAUAUGUAAUUAUGUAUGUAUAACUUGUUUUUGUUGGUUUGUGUCAGACGUUGUUUGUAAUGUACAGUCCACUGUGAUAAAGCCCGGUCCGUGAGCACGUAGAAUUUUGUCCAAUGACCCCUAGCUACCCAUCCUUAUCGCUCGCGCGUAAUUAUAUUGCUAUCGCGACUGUGCGACGGACGCCCGCCAGUGAGUGUGCGAGCGUGACAGCAACAUAAUUACGCGCGAGCGAUAAGGAUGGGUAGCUUGCUCCCGGACAAGACUAUAGUAACUGGCAGUUUCAGUAAUAUUAAUACUCUGGUCAUCAUUAUGCAAAAAUCGUAAUGGAGAUAGUGGGACCAUAAUUUAUUAAUACAGUACAUAUACUCAGCUCUCACUAUUCCCAUGUUCAUGACAAUGGAUAGUGGUUGGAAAAUCUGCACCCCUCAGGUGAAAUUGCAAGCCUAUGACCAUGAAAAACACUGAUCAAAUUGACUGUUCCUAUGGGCGCAGGUUGAUACUAUAGCAAAACCUUGAAGAUGUUAAAGUUUAUUAAUAUUUCCAACUUCACAAAAUCUGUUUGACACAAACGUUACAUUGUUAAGUUUGAUGGAAGGUGUCUAGCAUGAGAAUGUAUAACUUAUGAAAACCAGUUUGUUAAGAAUAGUUCAUGAAUUAUUUUUGUAAUGUUUUUCAUCCAUUUGAAUUAAUUUAAAAGCUUUUCAUAUGUAUUAUGAUUCUUUAGUUAAAGCCAACACAGCUAGCUUUUUAAUAUUGGCAAAUCAACCACAAAAUUCAAACAAUACUUGUAUUUUAUAAUAAAGAAAAAUAGUACAUAAUAAAACAAUAAAUGAGAUAAACACUA